AAAAUAUGCUUCCGUCAACGGGUCUAUUUAGAAAGAUAAGCUGUCCAUACUUCGAGGAAGGCGAAUGUGUGAGGCCUUUUUGUCAUUUUCUUCAUGCACCGAAAAAAUUGGAAACGACAAAACCAACAUACCAUGCAACACCUAUAGAUCCAAAACCAGAGGAAGUGAAGGUCAAGAAGAAAUUAGAGUAUUUGCCGAUUCCAGGAACAGGAAAAAAUAAUAUAGCUACUUAUACCCCAUCAAUAAUUAACAAAAAUCGUGAAAUUUAUGAUCCAGUAGUGUCAAAUAAUUCGUCAUCUAUAUCCUAUAUACCGUCAAAAAUAGAUGAAAUCAAAAAUGAUGAAAAUAAGGAAACGAUUAUUGAGAAAAUGGAAGUUGACAAAGAACCAGUAAUAAAAGUAAGCAAUAAUGAAGAGAAUGUUGAAAGUAAGUCAUCAAAUAUCUCUUCUAAGCAUCACUCAAGUUCAUCGCUUAAGAAAUCAUCUAAAGAUCAUCAUAAAAGUAGUCACAAAAGCUCUCACAAAGAUUCAAAAAGUUCCAGUUCAUCUCAUAGGCAUAAGUCUUCACAUAAAUCAUCAAGUAGGGACAAAUCAUCAUCCGAUAGAGAUAAAUCAUCGUCAGACAAAGAUAAAACAUCAUCACAUAGGGAUAAAUCGUCAUCAAAGCACGAAAAAUCAUCAAGUUCAAGUAGUAAGCAUAAAUCAUCAAGUUCUAGCCGACAUAAAUCCUCAACUAGUUCCAGUAGUCGCCACAAAUCAAGUCAUAAAGAUCACAAAGAUAAAGUAAAGGAUAAGGAUGAGAAAAAAGACAGAAAAAGAAAGGCUGAAGAACCAGAAAUUCAAAGCAUUGUGGAGAAUGUAGACGUUCCAGUGAGUGACGACGACGCAGAUGAUAUUGAAGAUCAAUGUAGAAUGAUAUUUGAAAGUUAUGAAGCACCGGCAACAAGUAGCAAAGAAAUUAUUCAGCCACAAAAACCACCACAGCAAGAUCAGAACGAGGAACUGCAUUUUGAAGUUAAAAAACGACAAGCACAUGAUAAUGCAGUAAAUGUUAACAGACCAACACAAGGAACACGACAAAAUCAUGUCCAAUCAGCAAUGCUGACUGCACAGAAAAGGCAGGAUGUAGCAUUACAGAAAUUAAUCAUGGAAAAGAAGGCAAAAGAGAUAGAAAUAGCAAAAAUAGAAAAUGAAAUAAAGCAACAAGAAGAAGCUAUGGCUCCUCCAUCCCCACCAAAAACUUUGACACCAUUAUUGAAUCCUUUAAUCCUUAUCCGUCCACCUCCUUCAAAACGUCCAUCAAUAUCACCUAUAAGUCACAGAAUGGCAAUAGAAGCUGCAAAACGAAAAGUUAUGGAAUUAAAUAAAGGAAUGCAGCAACAAUCAUCCACGCCAGCGCAAACUGCUGCAAAAUCAGCUAGAGUUGCACACAAACCGACAAAUGUCAAUGACCUUGAUAUGACUAAAUUAGCACCUCCAAUACUCGAAGCUCAUAAUACCAAAAUAUCCUGUAAUGUUCGUACGCAAAUGUAUAAAAUGAUGGUUAAUCAUUGCGUAGAAAUUUACACUUUACCUGCUGAUGCCUUUGAAAGAGCACAACAUGAAGAGCAUCAAGUCUUUAAGAAAUGCUCAAUUGUUCCUACAUACAAGACUAGUGCUAUGUUAGCAAUUAAUCGAUUAAAAAAGGAAGCUGAAGCUGCUUCAUCAAAGAAGAUCCAAAAAGUAGUGUCACAUGACGUUAUGCUUGGUGGGGCUAUUGGAUCGAGAGUUUCGUGGUCUAUGAAUAAUAAAAUUAAAGUUGGCGAAUCAGAGUCAUCGCUACUGACAAUUGAUAACUGUUCAAGUUCUCAAGCUUACGAUCUCAUAUCUGAAUGUCUGCUUAGUGAGGAUCAAUUGCGUGAAAAUGGAUUUCCACGAUCAGGUGUUCAAAGAGGACAGGCACAGUUUUAUGUGCCGAAAAAGGCAAGGCCACAAAAUGGCAAGGAAGGCGAAUAUUAUUGUGCUCGAUGUCAUAAUAUGUAUAAUAUUAAUAUUUAUGAUGAACAUCACGUAGAUUUAUGCAUUUAUCAUGCAAAAAGAUCUGGAUAUAAACGUGGACAUUCUGAUAAUUAUUAUUAUUGCUGUCAAUCGCCGGCUGGAACUACAGGGUGCUGUUAUGCUGAUUAUCAUGUUUUGGAUUAUGUUGAUUAUGAUAAUUCGUUUGGAUAUGUUACGACAAUGGAAAAGGAUGAAAAUUAUGUGUGCAGCAAAAAGGAUAUUUUUGCAUUGGAUUGUGAAAUGUGUUAUACAGUCUGUGGACUCGAACUUACUAGAAUUACGAUAGUUAAUUAUGAAGAAAAAGUGGUUUAUGACAAAUUUGUGCGUCCACAAAAUCGAGUGAUUGAUUACAACACGAGAUAUUCAGGUAUCACAGAAGCAACAUUAAAUACUCCCGACGCACUUACUUUACCAGAAGUUCAAGCUGUUCUGCUGUCAAUGUUUCAUUCACGGACCAUACUCAUAGGUCAUUCAUUGGAAAGUGAUUUGAAAAGUCUUAAAUUAAUUCAUAGUAAUGUUGUUGAUACGUCUGUCUUGUAUCCUCACAAAAUGGGACCACCGAAGAAACGAGCUUUGAAGACAUUGUGUAUUGAGCAUUUAAAGAAAAUCAUUCAAGAAGACGAAGCUGGACACGACUCAGCUGAGGAUUCGCUUGUCUGUAUUCAACUCGUUAAAUGCUAUUUAAGGAACCGACUUGUCAAUUAAUGAUAUUAUUUAUUCAGUAUGUGCAUUCAAUAUGCAGAUUAAAUAUAAUUCGUAAAGUAAGUCCUGAGUUUUAGUCGAAGACCUCAACGCCUUUCUAGUAUGCAGCUAUUAAUGAAGCAACAAUCAAUAAGGAAAUAAAUUAAUUCAUCGUAUUAA